CGGUGGCGUCACCCGCCGGCCUCCGGGAGUCCGCUCUCCGCAGUCCGAGUUUGGGGCGGUUGGAUGGGGAGAAUGGCUUCGGAGAUGGAGUCAUCUCUGGAGGUCAGCUUGUCCAACAGCUGCGUGGUGUCGGGGGCUUCAGGGUGUCUGCCUCCGGCCCGCUCCCGCAUCUUCAAGAUCAUCGUGAUCGGCGACUCCAACGUGGGCAAGACGUGCCUGACUUACCGCUUCUGCGCCGGCCGCUUCCCGGACCGCACCGAGGCCACCAUCGGGGUGGAUUUCCGAGAACGCGCGGUGGACAUCGACGGGGAGCGCAUCAAGAUCCAGCUGUGGGACACGGCCGGCCAGGAGCGCUUCCGGAAGAGCAUGGUACAGCACUACUACCGCAACGUGCACGCCGUGGUCUUCGUGUACGAUGUGACCAACAUGGCGAGCUUCCACAGCCUGCCGGCCUGGAUCGAGGAGUGCAAGCAGCACUUGCUGGCCGGCGACAUCCCGCGCAUCCUCGUGGGGAAUAAGUGUGACUUGCGGAGCGCCGUCCAGGUGCCCACGGACCUGGCCCAGAAGUUCGCCGACACGCACAGCAUGCCUUUGUUUGAGACCUCUGCCAAGAACCCCCACGACAAUGACCACGUGGAGGCUAUCUUUAUGACCUUGGCGCACAAGCUGAAGAGCCACAAGCCGCUCAUGCUCAGCCAACCUCCUGAGGACAGCGUGGCCCUGAAGCCCGAGGCCAGGCCCGCCCUGCAGUGCUGGUGCUGAGCCACCGCCGCUGAAGGCUGUGAGCAGAGGCGACCUGGGACGUGGGAUGCUGCCGAUCGCAAGGGGUCCCACACUGUACUGCUCAGCGUCGGGACUGUCACUGUGACCUCCGGGAAAAGGAGAACAGGAUGCGGGCACCUGCUCCUGCCGGUGGGUGGAGGGAGGCCAGAGACUAACAAGGUGCUGCGCUCCUGCUGGGCGUCUCCAGAGAGUGCAUCGAGAGCCUCGGGACUGUAACGGGAUUGGUCAGCGUGGGUGCUGGUCCCUUGCUCUCCGCCUUGCCCUCGAUUCAUUUAGCGACGAAGUGUUGGAUGAAAUCAGCUUCCAUUUGGAUGUAGCUCCCCGGGCCUCACUCUGAUUCCUGUGAAUCUGUAUUUCUGUAAUGGUGUGUUGUCAGUUUCUGUAUGGUCACAGCAAAAUAGGCCUCCUUGCAAUGAUAACGGUGGAGCCAGGCGUCUGGUGCACACAUCCUAGCCCUGGGGAGGCUAAAGAUUGCCCCGACUUGAAGGCCAGCCCGAACUACCUAGCCAGACCCUCUGAGAAAAUCGGACAAAACAAGAAGUAAUCUGUCUAUCCCCCAGUGGUGAAAAUAUUUCAGCAUUUUUGCCCUAGUUUUAUUUUGAAUUUGAGAUUUUGCAAAACAAAGAAAAUGAUGCACUUGCCUAUGAAGCCGCUUACAUAAAUGGAAUGUAAGCCAUGGUUUUUAGGUGAUGUGUGCAUUUGCUAAUUGGAUCUUGGUUGUCCCUUGAAAAAAAAAUUUUUUUUUUUGGUACCAGGGAUCGAACUUGGGUCUUUGUGCUUGCAAGGCAGGCGGCGGAACCCCUGAGCUAAAUCCCCGGCCCUCCCUUGAAAGUUUUGGAGGAAGCCAAAAGAGAGUGUACUUAAAAUAUUUUCAGAAUGUGGAAAACCAGUUAAUAUGUAAUUGAAUCUAGCUUAGGAGUUUUGUUAAUCGUUGUGGUAGUCCUAAAUAAAUAAUUUAGUUAUAAAAAAGAAACAUUAAUAAUUAAUUGAAAGU